AGAAGGAAAACAGAAAAAUGGGCAACUCUCAGUCACCUUCAUCUCACAAAGAUCCUCGCUUUGCUUCCUCCUCCAGAGCUUUUUCUCAUACGGAACUCGAAGUUCUCAAGUCCCUGCACGCGUCCCUGGCUGCUCAAUCUCAGAGCAACGGUCCACACGUCUCUCCCUCAGUUUUUAAGAAUUAUUUUGGACUUCAUGGUCCUCUUGGAGAUAGAAUGUUCGACUUAGUUACCCAGCAACGCAAAGACCAAAAACUCACCUUCGAAGACCUCGUUAUUGCCAAAGGGAUUUAUGAGAAGGGAACAAAAGAUGAGAUUGAAGAAUUCAUAUAUCAGUUAUUAGACGUAUCCGGGAAUGGCAUUGUGGGAAGGUCUGAUCUGGAAUGUGUUCUGGUUGCAAUGUUUGACAACAUCUUCAAUAUGGACAACUCCGAACAUGGAUCAAGUGCACAUCACGACACUCUGAAUAUAUUUCUUAAUGCUGCAAAGUUCGCUAAGCAUGACGAAAGACAUGCCGAAGAAAGUUUGUCUUAUGAAGAUUUCAGAACUUGGUGUACUCUUCUCCCAUCUGUCAGGAAGUUCCUUGGAAGCUUAUUGAUACCGCCUAAUCAAGGAAGACCAGGUUCUCAGGUUCCUCGAUUAUUGCAUUUGGAAAACAUUGAUCCUAAUAUGAUUCUAUUAAAGAAGAUGUAUGCUUGGCAUAUAGGAGGAAUCCUUCCGCAGCAUGAUCUGGAGGAAUGGAAACUUUUAUACCAUAGUUCUGUAAAUGGUCUGAGCUUUAGCACAUUUUUGGGCAACGUAUCAAAGGAUAAGGGGCCGACUGUACUCAUUAUCAAGGACAAAGAAGGUUAUGUAUAUGGAGGUUAUGCUUCGCUGCCAUGGGAGAGGCAUGGUGAUUUCUAUGGAGAUUUGAAGUCAUUUCUUUUCCAAUUGUAUCCCACGGCAUCUAUAUUCAGGCCUACUGGAGCAAACACUAAUCUACAGUGGUGUGCUGUGAAUUUCAGUUCAGCAAGCAUCCCAAAUGGUAUCGGUUUUGGAGGAAAAGUGAAUCACUUUGGCCUUUUCCUUUCGGCCACCUUAGAUCAGGGGCACACUUUCUCCUGUACCACAUUUGGUUCCCCUUGCCUCUCCAAGACCAACCGAAUAUACCCAGAAGUGAUAGAAUGCUGGGGAGUGGUUACUAAAGUAGCAGACGAAGAAAAACAUGACGGCGGAAAAGGUACUGUAUUGGAGAGAUUUAAGGAGGACCGUCAUAUGCUCAACAUGGUUGGUCUCGCAAAUGCAAGUGAGUAACUUGCUGUAGUUUCCCGGAAUUACAUGCUUGCUGCAGUUUGCACCUCUGAAACUAUUUCUUCUAGUUUAAAGAGGCAUCAUGUUUCUGGUGUGGUUUAUGCUGCCGCAAAUUUCUGGACAGCAUUCUCACUCUGUACUCUGUAUUUACCUUUUAUUUUCUAUUUUUGGAUCCGAACACUGUAUAUUUAAGUUCAUCGUGUAAUAUUGGCGGCUCUUUUGUUAUCUGCUUUA